GGCAGACAAGCCCACCAUAUACCUCAGAGGAGCUGAUCCGAUUUGACCCACCUGAGCUCAGCUUCCCCUACAAGCCAAACAAAACGAUGGUGUCCUCUGUUAAUAUGGUCAACAAUACAGAUUACUCCGUCGGUUUUAACAAUCAUAUCGACAAAGGAACUUUGGUGUCCUACUACACAAAACCGCAGAGAGGAAUUAUGCCACCAAGAUCCACUCAAAGGCUUGUAGUAAGAAGGGAACUAAGGAAAAAGGAACAAGCAGAAGACAUCCAGGGGGAAGGCAAGUUCUUUAUGGGGAACAUGAUUGUGGUAGAAGGCAUCGAAGCCAGUGACCUCACUCGCUUGGUGCCUGAUAAAGAAAAUACAAUGUUGCCCAUUGUCUUUCAGAAGACAAGCUUACUAAGCACCUCAGACGAGUUGAUCCAGUUUGAUCCUCCCCAACUCCGCUUCCCCUUCUUGCCCAACAAGAGAGUGUGUAUGGUGUGCUCAAUUAAAAUAGUCAAUGUGACAGAUCACUAUGUUGGUUUCAACAAUUGGUACAGGAAGAGCAAUUCAGCGAGGUACAAUGCAACUCCGGUCCGAGGAAUCCUGCCACCACGGUCCACACAAGAACUCAAGGUAAUAAGGGUACCAAAAGAAAAUGAAUCACAGGACAUGCCGUGCAAAGAUGUCUUUGGUGUAUGGAAUGGCGUUGUGAUGGAAGGCAUCGAAGCUACAGAUCUAUAUAAUUACAUGAAUGUUGAAGAUAGUAAGCAGUUGCCCAUAGUUUAUACAAAGACAAGCCCACCAUCUACCUCAGAGGAGCUAAUCCGAUUUGACCCACCUGAGCUCAGCUUCCCCUUUCAGCCAAACAAGACAAUGGUUGCAUCCGUUAAUAUGGUCAACAAUACAGAUUACUCAAUAGGUUUUAAUAAUCAUAUCGACAAAGGGACUUUGGCGUCGUACUACACAAAACCGCAGAGAGGAAUUAUGCCACCAAGAUCCAUUCAAAGACUUGUAGUAAGAAGGGUACUAAAGAAAAAGGAACAAGCAGAAGACAUCCAGGGGGAAGACAAGUUCUUUAUGGGGAACGUGAUUGUGACAAAAGGUGUCGAAGCCAGCGACCUCAGUGAUUUAGUGCCUGAUAAAGACAAUGCCCGGUUGCCCAUUGUCUUUGAGAAGACAAGCUUGUUAUGCACCUCGGAUGAGUUGAUCCGAUUUGAUCCUCCUGAACUCUGCUUUCCCUUCUUGCCAAACAAGAGGGCGCCUGUAUUGUACUCAGUUAAAAUAUUCAAUGUUACAGAUUACUGUGUUGGUUUCAACACAUGGGUCUACCCGCGCAAUUCUGCAAGAUACCGCAUAAUUCCCUCUAAAGGAAUCCUGCCACCACGGUCCACACAAACAGUCAAGAUCAAAGGGGUGCCAAAAGAAAAGGCACCAGAAGACACACGAUGCAAAGACGUGAUUGGUGUGUGGAAUUCCAUUGUGACUAAAGGUGUCAAAGCUAGCGAUUUCAUUAAUUACAUGGAUGUAAAUGAGAGUAAGCAAUUGCCCAUUGUUCUUAAAAAGACAACCUUAUUAUGCGCCUCAGCUGAUUUGAUCCAGUUUGAUCCUCCUGAGCUUCGCUUCCCCUUCUUGCCAAACAAGAGGGUGCCCAUGGCGUGCUUUAUUAAAAUAGUGAACACUACAGAUCAUUGCAUCGGUUUCAAUUCAUGGAAUUACAAGAGCAAUUCAGCCUUGUACCGCAUGACUCCAGUCCAAGGAAUCCUGCCGCCAGGUUCCACAGAGGUACUCAAGAUAAAAAGGGUAGCACGGGAAAAUGAAUCAGGAGACAUGCAGUGCAAAAACGUCGUCUUUCAUGUGUGGCAAGGCAUUGUGACUAAAGGUGUCGAAGCUACAGAUUUAACUGCUUACAUGGAUGCUGGAGAGACUAUACAGUUGCCCAUAGUUUUUACAAAUACAGACUUAUUAUGCACCUCAGACUAUUUGAUCCAGUUUGAUCCUCCUGAGCUCUGCUUCCCCUUCUUACCAAACAAGAGGGUUCCCAUGGUGUGCUUUAUUAAAAUAGUGAACGCUACAGAUCAUUGGGUCGGUUUCAAUUCAUGGACCUAUGAGAGCAAUUCAGCAUCAUACUACAUGACUCCGGACUCAACAAUUCUGCCACCAGGUUCCACACAGGUACUCAUGAUAAAAAGGAUAGCAAAUGAAAAUGAAUCAGAAGACAUGUGGCGGAAAGACGACUAUUUUUUCUUGUGGAAUAGUAUUGUCAAUGAAGAUAUUGAAGCUAGCGAUUUAAUUGACUGCAUGGAUGUUGAAGAGAGUAAGCGGUUGCCCGUAGUUUUUACGAAUACAACCUUAUCAUGCACCUCAGCUGAUUUGGUCCAGUUUGAUCCUCCUGAGCUUCGCUUCCCCUUCUUGCCAAACAAAAGGGUACCCAUGGUAUGCUUUAUUAAAAUAGUGAACUCUACAGAUCAUUGUGUCGGCUUCAAUUCAUGGACCUACGAGGGUACUUCAGCAUCGUACCAAAUGACUCCGGAUCCAGGAAUCCUGACACCAGGUUCCACAGAGGUACUCAUGAUAAAAAGGGUAGCAAAUGAAAAUGAAUCCGAAGACAUGCAAUGCAAAGACGAAUUUUACUUGUGGAAUUGUAUUGUCAAUGAAGACAUCGAAGCUAGCGAUUUAAUUGACUGUGAGGAUGAAGAAGAUAGUAAGCGUUUGCCCAUAGUUUUUACAAAUACAAGCUUAUUAUGCACCUCAGACGAUUGGUUACAGUUUGAUCCUCCAGAGCUCCACUUCCCCUUCUUGACAAACAAGAAGGUGCCCAUGGUGUUCUUUAUUAAAAUAGUGAACGCUACAAAUCAUUGUGUCGGUUUCAAUUCAUGGACCUACGAGAGUACUUCGGUGUCGUACCACAUGACCCCGGACCCAGGAAUCCUGUCUCCAGGUUCCACACAAGUACUCAUGAUAAAAAUGAUAGCAAAUGAAAAUGAAUCAGAAGACAUGCAGUGCAAAGAUAACUUCCUUUACUUGUGGAAUAGUAUUGUGAAUGAAGAUAUCGAAGCUAGUAAUUUGAUUGACUGCGAGGAUGAAGAAGAUAGUAAGCGGUUGCCCAUAGUUUUUACAAAUGCAAGCUUAUUAUGCACCUCAGAGAAUUUGAUCCAGUUUGAUCCUCCCGAACUCCGGUUCACCUUGUCAAACAACAGGGUGUCAAAAUUGUGCUCAGUUGAAAUAGUUAAUGCUACAGAUCACUGCAUUGGUUUUAACGCAUGGGGCAAUGAUAGCAAUUCAUCCCGGUACGACACAACUCCCGGGCAAGGAAUCCUGCCACCACGGUCCACACAAGUACUCAAUGUAAGAAGGGAACUGAAGGAAAAGGAAUCAAAAGACAUGCUGUGCAAAGACGAUGUGUAUAGUGUGUGGUAUGGCAUUGUUUCAGAAGGUAUCAAAGCUACAGAUUUAAGUGUUUACGACGAUGCUGAAGAGAGUAAGCAGCUACCCAUAGUUUUCACAGAGGUGAGUUUCUUAACUAGCAUCUAAUAUAUAUUACAAAAAGUCCGUCGCAAAUAAUAAUUUUUCAACAAAAUUCGUAUUGGGAUAUCUUAGAAUAUUUAAUGAAGUAUAUUGAGAAUGAUAAAAAGGUAUAAUCGAUGCGUAUACGAGGUAUAUAUUGAAGGUGGGAGUACAUAAUUCCAGGA